AUGACAAAGGAGGCCAUAAGAGUGGUUUUGUGCGGUGACAAUGGGGUCGGUAAGUCUAGUUUAAUUGUGGCUUUGGUUAAAGACCGUUUUAUCCCAAAUCUGCAGGAUGUAUUGCCUCCUGUGACCAUACCUAGGGAUUUCUCAUCUAGUCCAUAUUCUCCAAAAAAUACGGUUCUCAUUGAUACCAGCAAUGACGAUCCGGUGGGUUUACAGCGAGAAUUGAAGAAUGCCGAUGUAAUCUGGCUCGUUUACAGUGGGCAUGAGUCUUAUGAGCGAGUUUCACUAUAUUGGAUGAUGACUUUUAGGUCAUUGGGGUUGAAUAUUCCAGUGAUUUUGUGCAAGAAUAAAUGCGAUCAUUGUGGAGGGACAGCAACAGGUGCAGAUGCAGAGGAUACUAGAGUGGAAGAUGAAGAGUUUAUACCGAUCUUGAUGGAAUUUAAGGAAGUGGACACCUGUAUCAAGACCAGUGCCAAGACUCAGUUCGACGUAAACCAGGCCUUUUAUCUAUGUCAGAGAUCGAUAACACAUCCGAUCGCACCACUUUUCGAUGCCAAAAUAGGUGAAUUGAAACCUUUGGUGGUGAUGGCCCUCAAGAGGGUUUUUCUGUUAUGCGAUAAAGACCAGGAUAACUACUUGAAUGAUGAAGAGAUGAUUGCAUUACAACGACGGUGCUUUGGUAGAACUAUCGAUUCAAAUGAAUUGGAUGUGAUAAAGCAGACUUUGACAGAUAUAUCUCGACCAUCACAGGAAUACUCAAAUUGCCUACUCUGUGUGCCGGGCAAGGGUAUAACAAAGGACGGAUUCUUGGUCUUGAAUAAGAUUUAUGCAGAAAAAGGAAGGCAUGAGACUACAUGGGGAAUUCUGCGGGCUUUCCAGUACACAGAUUCCUUGUCGAUACAGGACAAGGUGCUAUAUCCAAAACUAAACGUUUCAGAGACUUCAAGUAUAGAACUGAGUCCAAAAGGGUACAGAUUUCUAGUGGAUCUAUUUCUCCGGUUUGACGAGGACAAUGGCGGAGGGCUGAACGAAGAGGAGCUGCACUUAUUAUUUAAAUGUAGUCCGGGACUACCGAAGCUGUGGACUGCGACGAACUUUCCAUUCUCGACAGCUGUCAACAGCCGUGGGUGCGUGACUCUUCAAGGAUGGUUGGCACAAUGGAGUAUGACGACCUUUUUAGAUUACAAGAUUACAACUGCAUACUUAGUGUACUUUGGUUUUCAAGAAGAUGCAAGGUUGGCACUGCAGAUAACAAAAUCAAGGAAAAUGAGGCGAAGGGCCGGAAGACUGUACAGAUCGCCUGUUACUGAUCGCAAGGUGUUCAACUGUUUUGUGCUUGGUAAACCGAAAAGUGGGAAAAGUAUGCUUUUAGAGUCUUUCUUGGGUAGAUCAUUGACUGAAGCUUACUCUCCCACUUUGAAACCACAAAUUGCCGUCAACAGUCUUGAACUGAAAGGUGGAGAACAAUACUACCUGAUCUUACAAGAAUUUGGCCAACAAGAAACAGCAAUUCUGGAGAACAAAGAAAAACUGAAAAACUGUGAUGUUCUGUGUCUCACUUACGAUUCUAGUGAUCCUGAGUCAUUCGCAUAUUUGGUGGAGCUUUUCGAUAAGUUUGAGUGUUUGAAGAAUCUACCGACCGCUUUCGUAGCGCUGAAGGCUGAUUUAGAUAAAGUCCAGCAAAGAUGUCGACUUCAACCAGAUGAGUUCACUGAGCAGCUUUUCGUGAAUCACCCAUUGCAUGUUUCUUCUACGUGGUUAAGCUCUCUAAAUGAAUUGUUCAUGAAAAUUACAGAAGCCGCGCUUCUGCCUGGGAAGCAUACUCCCGGAUUCCCUUCCGAAGCAACAACACAGGAAUCAGAUUACAGACAGACUGCAAUGGUUCUGGGAUCUGCCGUGGGCUUCUUGGCUCUUUGCACAUUCGGAAUAGUAAAGCUCAUAAGACCCUCGAGAUACAGUCAAUAA